UGGCAUGUGGGAAAGCUAGUCCGUGUUCCGGUGUCGAUGAACAAAUACCGAGCUUUCCUGUCAGUCUCAACAACUGAAAUCACUGGCAGGUUCAGAAUGGAUUUCAUGUUUCUGCACAAUUCACGGCUGAAUUAGGAUGCACGCAUGUCAGUUGUUCUAUCAAGUCUCCGCAGUUACUACUACCUACAUGUAUCGAUUGGUCGCUUGCAGUUUGUGACUUGCUUUCCUUAGGAUGCGGUGUGCGGCAAGUUCCUGACGUUCCUUUACGGUUUUUAACUGAGUCAUUAGAAAGCGGUCUUCAGUAAGAUUUGACUGGGUGAGCUUGUUAAUUCAGUCUACUGAUAUCCCUGUGAAUCACCGAGGAUCGUAUUGGGCGGGAAGAUGACAGUAUUACUGAUUUAAUUAGGCUUUUGUGAUCGCCGACUCCGAUGCAUUAUGGAACAGCUGUGUGGAUAGCGGUUCGAUAAGGUCGGUGUUACGACUGAAACAACCCUAGGCAAUGACCAGGUCAUGAGAGUGGCCCAUGCACUGAGGAGUUUAAACUCAUCUCUCGGACCGGAUAUUUCUUGGCAAUCACUCCAGCCACGAUGACCAACACAACAGACUCUAAUUUCUACCCAUCGGCCACCGCCACAUUACAAGACAAUAGCACCAGGUUAGCCACCUCACCAUGGGCAGAAACUGUCACAGAUUCCCCUACACACAGUGACAUAUCCACAGCUGAGAAGGUCAUCGAAGCUCUACUCCUUAGUGUGAUUUGUCUCGUCGCUUUCUCGGGGAAUGUUCUCUUAUGGUGCGUCAUUGUGCGUAAUAAAGCCCUCCGUACCACCUCUAACGCCUUAGUACUUUGCCUGAGUAGUGCCGAUGUCUUGGUGUCUGUAUGCAACAUGCCUAUAACCAUCUUUACCAUCGUUAAAGGAAAUCAGUUUUUCUCGAACGAACUGUGUGUUGUGCUUGGCUUUGCUAACAUGACUUUCUUCAUCGCAUCUGUGAUGUCCUUAGCAGCUAUAAGUCUUAACCGAUAUGUACUAAUAGUCCACCCCAAAAGAUUCAAGGCCAUCUAUACAAUACGGAACACUGGUUUCGUCAUAUUGGCUGUGUGGUUACUUUCCUUGGCUCUCGCAUCACCACCCCUCAUCGGUUGGGCUCGUUAUGAUUACCUCCCUGGCCAGUCGUUCUGCUUCUGCUACUGGGAAGAUAGCAUCAGCUACACGUUCUUUAUGGUUAUCGUUUGUUUCGGAGGUCCCUGUUCUGUCAUGUCGUUCUGUUAUUACAACAUCCUACGGGAGGUUCGCCGGAGCAGGAAAAGGCUAUCUACUGGACCUGGUUCUGCUGAUGUCUCCAGCAUGAACAGUGUCCAAAGCGCACUGAGUACAGUCAGUAACAACAACUCUAGCGUCAGAGAAAAUGGACAACCUCGGGGAGACGAAGCUCCCUUGCAAAAUAGCGCCCUCAAUAAGGGGUUUGUAGAGGGGGAUAGUGACAACCAGGGGCCAAUUCAGAAAAGUCGACUAACCUCACUUCAUCAAGCAUUGACGAGACAGCUGUCUCGGAAACGUUUCAGGGUAGAACCAAGCAGCCCUGAGACGCAGCUUCCAGCCUCAGUACCUGGAGGAAACAGGCCACGAUCAUUACCGACUCGAAUGACGUCUAUAAAGAUCAAAGACGACCAAAACAACCGCAAUCAAAAUACCUCUUUGGAAAGAACUGGCAGUAAAUAUCAGCAGCAAAACCAGCCUUCUUCAUCUUCUAAACUUCCGAAAAUCCGACUGCAGGCUUUCAGUCGAUCGGUGUCAUUAGACUCAAGGCGAGGAAGCGGUUCAUCGCUCGUACGAGAGCUGCAACAAGACGGCGUAUCGAAAUCUGGGAAGAUUUCUCCCAAGAUCCAAGCAAAGAUUGCAAGACAGCUGUCCGGGUCAACGCUGGCUGUGCCUGGACUAAAGGCUGCUGUUGUGAUGAGAAGAAAACGAGCCAAGACUGCAAGUGAGAUGAGACGGAAGCAGGAAGAAUUGCGACUGACAAAGUCCUUCUUGGUUGUCAUCCUAGCCUUCAUCGUCUGUUGGUUUCCUUUCUGCAUCACAAUGUUCUGGAGUGUUUUUUCUCCUUAUCCUGUCUUUCGUCCAGUAGACAUGGCUUCCCUUCUUCUUGGCUUCUUCAACAGUUGUUGUAACCCAGUCAUCUACGGUUUGAUGAACAACCGUUUCAGAGCCGGAUUCAAACACAUCUUGUGCUGUCACUGGACUCCUUGGUAUCGAAGACGGAACGCCGGUAAAAAGGUCCUAGACAGAGGUUUUGGAUCGAUAACUGGAACGGCGGCAGGUGGAGGUUACCAAGAUGAUAUAAGCUGCACGAACUAAAACUAAACUUGACAAACGCAAUCAUUACGAAUUGUGAAGCAGAAAUGUCUCAAUCAGUUUGCACUGUUUUCCAUUCUGUGAACAUGCCCAGGAACAAAGAUGAUUUAUAAAAAGUGCACGCUGUAAAAUAUGUUCUUCAGCUCAUUAGAGCUUCUUUGGUUUUUCAAUUAGAAUUUCCAAGUAGAUAUUUCGUUAUUUAUUGAGAUGUUAUGGCAGAAAUAUGAUUUAUCAGCGGAUUUGUAGGAUAACUUUUGAUUUUUGGAGAAAUAGAGAUCAAAUGAAAAGAGCGUAUUUUUGAAUUCGUGUUAGGGAUGUAUGAAGCAUUUUGCAAAGUUAACCAUAAUAAUUAAUCCUAGUUAUGGAGAAUCGACCGAUCUAGUCAUAGAAGUGGUUGCAUUGCUGUUUAUGAAAUAAUAAUAUGAAUUCACAACUUACUAAGAGCCAGCGGAAGCACAAGCAAUGAUAACCUGUUUUUCAAGCUUCGGACAAGCGUAAAACCAGUCGGGGUUUGGCUCGUGACAUUUCAAAUUCCAAUCAAGAAUUCGCUGAUUAAAUUCGUGAGGCGUUUAUUCCCCAAUGGAAUGCAAUCGUGGAACUGCUUUCGCAAUCACAAAAAAUGAAUUGCUCUCGUCCGACUUUUUCUGUUCAGAGACGCCAACCACCAGGGUUUCAUCAAAUUUUGAAAUGUCAAUUUCCAUAGCAUCCUCCAGAAUAGAACUUGAAUAGAUAGUGUCAUUGUGAAUUCUUGAUAGAAAGAAAACUGCUUGUUUACAUGAGGGAUGCAAACUGCUAGAAGUGGGAACCGCUUCAAAUUUUCUGGGUUUUCUACUCUGGAUGGUACGUUUAAGUUUACAACGAUAAAGUCGCAGACUUAUUUUCCCUUCGCUCUUGAUUAUUGUAACUAAAACCUUGAAGAGUUUAUUGUCUAAGGAUAAACAAUAAACAGUGGGUCAAUCCCAAGCGCAGCAACAUGAUAUACGAAAAGGCUUAAUAGGCCUCUGCUGUGCUCCUUAAGCGUCGGGAAAAGGGAAAAACAUUCAGCGGUUAAAUGGUGAAUUGUUUCAAGCAUGUCCAAUUAUGUUAAAAGGUUUUCAUUUUUAAACUCUUCCCAUUUCGAUGACAGCAUAAAUAUAAACAUUAUCAUCGUAGCGUUUGCCAAGUCACGAGGGUACAUGGACACAUGAGACAUAAAGCACUGAUGCUCAUUUCCUUAUGAAUUUGGAUUUUUUCGGCAAUUUGGUCUGUGGGCAGGGAUUUCCUAAUUGGAAUUCCUGCCACGAAUUUGUCGUCAGGGAUUGGCUUGAAUAUAAAUGAAAGGGACACUUUGACUCGGUAUUACAAUACGUAUCUUAGUUUGAGUUUUUUCGCUUUUAAUCUUCAGCUUCCUGCAGCGGUCGUGAUGUGGUAUUGCCUCACAUUACCCUUUUCAAAUCUGACACUUUUUGGAGACAUAUUAGCCUGACGAAAACAGUUUGCGAGGCUUUGACUUAAUAUUAUAUUUCUAGAAUAAUUCAGUUGUGCUUUAACUUGUACAAUUUAUUAAUACAAACAUGAAGUUGUACUCAUUCUAACCUUGAAACUUAAUAAAGGUACUUACAAUUUA